AUGAAGCCCUCGACCGUGGCCGACGCGCUCAAUCGACAAGUGUGCACCUUUUCCGCCACAGGCACCACGUACGCGCAGCAGCGGUGGUUCGAGUGUCGCACGUGCGGCCUGGACCAGGGCCAGGGCUGCUGCAUGAGCUGCGUCAAGGUGUGCCACGCGGGCCACGAGUUGAUGCCCAAACCCCCCGGCCUCUUUUACUGGUACACGCCGGGCCUGCACUGCGCUGCCACCUCCUUUCGCGACUGUGGUCCGAGCAAGAAGACCAAGUGUCAGGCGAUGUGGAAGCCGGAGGGUGAGGAGGAGGAGGAAGAGAAGUCGGCCGAACCCGCGGCCGCGGAAGACGAGCCCGCGGCGGAGAAGGAGCUCACGCCCGAGGAGCUCGAAGCCGAGGCCGCCAAGCUGCAGGAGCGCACCAUCGCCAUCAAGAAGAUGAUCGCGUCGGGGUACGACCAGCUGGCGGCCAUCUACGCGCUCGAGCACACGCGCAACAACGUGGAGCGGGCCAUCGCACUCCUCGCCGAGUGCGGCGUGCAGUGGGAGGACGUCGACGGUCGCCAGCAGUCGCCCGAGCCGCCCCAGGCCGACCCCGCCACCGACACGACCGACGCCGACGCGGGCAAGGGCAAGGAGAAGGGCGAGAAGGAGGUGGUGUCGGCCAUCAGCGACUACCUGCGCGCUUCGGUGUUUGUCGUGGAUAAGAAGGGCAAGGGCAAGGUUGACGACGACGACGACGACGACGACGACGACGAAGUGGAGGAGAAGAAGACGACGACGACGAUGGUGGUGGGGGAGAACGAGGAGGGAAUGGAGGAGAAGGUGCGGAACAACAACUUCCUGGCGAUCCUCAUGUACUACCUGCUCUCCCGCAUCCGCAACUGCAUGAACUUCUGCGUCAUGUGCGACAAGCGACUCGUCUCCAGUGGGUUGAAGCCGGUGGUGUGCAGCGAGGACAAGUGCGUGUUCCGGUUCGCAGAGCUGGGGCUCGGCGCGUCGGUGUUCUACGAGAUGAAGCAGGACCCGGACUACGUCGACCUCAUGGUGUCGAUGACCUACGCCGCGGCCGCCUCUUCGCGCCGCGACAAGAUCCUGUCGCCGUUCCCCGAGGAGUUCAUCACCGACCGCGCGUCGAUGACCAAGGACUACGCCGGCCUCACCGCCGUACUCGACGCCAUGCCCUCCGUCGACGAAAUGCUCCUCGCCGCCUCCGACGAGCGGGAGCUGCGGACGAUGUUGGAGGCGAGGGAGCCGCGGCUGUACCGGAUGCUGCGGUGGAUCCUGAGCAGCAACCGGGCCCACCUGCAGAAGCUGCCGCCGCACAAGCAGGUCCAGGACAUGGCGACGCCGCACCAGUACCUCCUCUUCUCCAACUCGCCGGAGAAGGAGGCCCGCUUCCGCGUCCACAAGCAGCAGCACCCGACCGUCUGGGCCUUCCACGGCUCCGCCAUCGAGAACUGGCAUGCGAUCUUGCGUGGUGGACUUCGUAACUUGUCCAACACCGACCUGAUGACGUGCGGUGCCGUCUACGGUUCCGGCAUCUACCUGUCGCCACACAUCAAUACGUCGCGAGACUAUGCGGGCACGUCGUCGAUCAGCUGGAAGGGCUCGCGGCUCUACAACCAAAACCUCCAGGCCGUCGCCAUUUGUGAGAUUGUCAAGGACCAGACGCUGGACGGGCAGCCUAACCCGCACUACGUGGUGGGCAACGAGGACCUGGUCACAACCCGCUUCUUCUGCGUCUUCCCCUCCAACUCCAAUCCCAUCCCGUACGGCUUGGACUUGAGCGCACAGCUGGGCGAGUGGCUGAACCAGAACUACCCGGCCUACGGCAAGCAGCACUCGGCCCUCAGCUAA